UCCGCUCAGACAUCAGUUGCCCGGUCUCUCUCUGGCCAGUUCUUAAAAACCGGGUUUCUCCUUGUUCGCCUCCACGUUCCACCAUAUCGAUCCCUCCGCCGCUUCACAAGAUGCAGGUGGUUUUCGUUUAUCUAGUUGUCUCUGCCGUGCUGUCCGGCGCUCUCGCUUAUGACCCCGACAUGCUUCAGGAUAUCUGUGUGGCCAGUACUUCCUCAGAUGUAAAGGUCAAUGGCUUCGUAUGCAAGAGUGAAGCAAAUGUCACGGCGUCCGAUUUCGCCUUCGAAGGCCUGGCGAAGGCAGGAAAGAUCAACAGCUCCGUGGGAUCCCUGGUCACGGUCGCCAACGUGGACAAAGUCCCGGGCCUCAACACCUUAGGCAUCUCUCUGGCCCGCAUAGACUACGCCCCAGAUGGCCUCAACCCACCCCACACCCACCCGCGCGCGACCGAAAUCGUGUUCGUCCUGGAAGGCGAGCUGGACGUCGGCUUCAUCACGACCGCGAACAAGCUGAUCUCCAAGACGAUCAAGCAGGGUGAGCUGUUUGUGUUCCCUAGGGGCCUCGUCCACUUCCAGAAGAACAAUGGCGACAAGGCCGCUUCGGUUAUUGCGGCAUUCAACAGCCAGCUGCCGGGGACGCAGUCCAUCGCGAUGACACUGUUCACCGCGACGCCGGCAGUGCCAGACGAGGUGCUGACCAAGGCGUUCCAGGUCGGCACUAAGGAGAUCAACAAGAUCAAGGACAAGCUCGCACCGAAGAAGUCGUGAGGAGAUGAACCGCACCGUCCGACAGUACUAAAAGAAUCUGUCCAUUCCAGCUUUUCGAUUUCCGUUUUUGCCAUUUACUUCUACGCGAGUCUCAUUCGUCGAACUAUACACGAUUACAUCUAGAAAAAUAAAAUGUAAUUCGAUCUUCGCGAAAAUAACUUAUGUAUACAGUAGAGAAAUAAACGAAAUCUGACGCAUGAAGAAGCAGUGCCUUAAUCAUUCUGGCGAGAUCAAAGCCUUUAUUCA